UUGGCAGAGCUUGAUAGGAUUGAGCCUCCACCUGGAUUUGCUUAUCAUCAAUGGCUUAAAUUCAAGAGUAAUAUGAAAUCUGAAAAGGCAAAGAAACUAUCUGAGAAAGGGAAAAAAGCUCGUGCGACCCAAAGUCAUACUCAUAUAACUGGAACCAAGAGUUAUGCUCAAGUUGAAGAUGAGCAUGUCAUUAAAUAUAAAGAACAUCCAGGGCCACUUACAUUUUUUGACUUGACACAUAAAAGGAGAGAUGGUUCUUAUGUGCAGAGUGAUUCAAAAGAAUUCAUGAUGGCUGCCAAAUCAGAGAUUGUUAAACGUAAAACUGAAGGAACUUGUGAAAAUACUGUUGAAUUAGAAAGUUCAGUUUGGUAUGAUUUGAUGGGUGGUGAUAAACCUGGUCGAGCUCGUGGUUAUGGUAUUGGUGUCACGAAAUCAAGUGUGACCGCCUUCCGAGCCAAACUUAGACAAAUGCAAAGUGAAUCAGAAAAAUUCAAUGCUCAUGACAUUGAAAUGGCCCAGCUCAAGCUAUUACUUAGCAAGCAACAACAACAAUUUGUUGCACAAGAAAAUGCAAUGAAUGCAUACAUGGCAAAGACAAAUGAAAUUAUAGGCAAUUUGAGAUAUGAAGUUCUACUUUAUCGUACAGCAUUUGGAGCUGGUACAGGGGACGUACCCAACCAUCUGAAAACGAGCUCAGGUUGCACCCAAGCAUUGGAGGCUGGAGAUCAAUUUCAGCCAGGAUGCAGUGCUGAUGCUUUCAUCAAUAAGCUUACCUAAUGGCAUCCAGGCUGAAGUUCGUGGCUUCCAACAUGACGGCUCCUUGCACCUACAACAAUUUCAGUGAAAGGGCAUAAAUUGCUUGAUAUAUUGAACCUUCAUAAGGGGCCACCAAAUAAAGGUCAAGAAUAGUAUGCUAAAAAGAGUGGCUGCUGAGGAUGAUCUUUCCCAAAUGAAAGCAUUUUCUUAAUCAUGUUUUACACAUGUAAUUGCAUAUAUUUCACCAUGCCCCAUAUAUAUUGGUGGCUGACCUUGUUAUUUGAGUUAAUUGCAUAAAUAUUCAAGAGCUUAUUUGGCAUGGAUAAUAGCAACAUCUAUUUCUUCUA